AUGUCUAAGUCAGCUGUGCCCUCCUGGUACUUGGGCAUUGACAUUGGUACCAGUUCCUUAAGAACGUCCAUUUUGAACGAUCAGGGGGUUGUGGUAGGCGGGUCCGAGCAAGCAAUCGAUGUCUAUUACCAUCCGUCUAAUAAUCGUAUUAUUACGCAAAACUCGCCUCAGCUCUGGUCCAGAUUGCUAACUGCUAUCGAUGAAAGCUUGCAAACAGCAAAAGCUAAAGAAGAAGGAACUUUGAAAUCAAUAUGUUGCGGUGCGACCUGCUCUUUGGUGGUUGAGGACGAUGAUAACAGCCAUGUAAUUCUCUGGAUGGAUCACAGAGGAGAGACAAAUUCUAUUAACAGCAAGAUGCAAACGCAGUAUCCAAGAAUUCUGCAACGCCUUGGAGGGUCAAUCAUCGCAGAGAUGGCUCUUCCCAAAAUCAAGGAGUACCUUAAGAAAACCCCGUCCAAACCUCGCAUAUUCGAUCUUCAUGACUGGAUCGAGUGGAAGCUUGCAGGUGAGGUGCUCAACAUACAAAAUUACAACACAGAAAAUAUAGGCAUCGAUGGCUCGCUAAAGGGAUUCUCAAUCGAGUGCCUUCGCGAACUGGAUAUCCAUCUCGAAGAGUCCCAGAUCGGCAGAGUCGAAAACAUUCCAUAUCCAGGAAUACCGUUUUCCGGGACCCCUAUAGCCAAGCUUUCACCCGAAUUGGCUGAGAGAUGGGACGCCAAAUCUGCCGUAAUUUGCUCUGGGGUCAUAGACUGCUAUGCUUCUUUUUUUGCUCUGCAGAACAACGAGAUCAGUCCAGAGGAAAACUUGGUAAUGGUAGCCGGAACGUCCACAUGCUACUUGACUGUUUCCAGAGCACCAAAGGAACCACCACCAGGCAUCUGGGGACCCUUCCAUUUGACAGAAAACUUUUGGUUCUAUGAAGGAGGAUUAAGCUGUUCGGGUAUUCUUUUCGAGUCUCUGCUUGAAAAUCAUCCGGCAGCAAAAACGCUCGACAAGUCCACAAAUAUGUUUCAGCAGCUCGAAAAGCUGGUGAGCUCUUUUGUGGAAAGUGAGAAAUUGAGCUCUGCGUGGCAGCUGAUAGAAAAAAGAUUGUACAUUGGCGAUUAUCUGGGGAACAGAACCCCGUUUAACGAUUCGAAUCUCUCGUCCGUGAUAAUUGGAGGAUCAUUGCGUCAGGAUACAAGGGACCUGGUGUGCUGCUACCUUUCAAUCUUGGAAUACCUGGCUCUUUCUACAAAAAUGAUCGUUGAGUGUUUCCGCAAAUCAGGAUUCCGUCUCAAGACAUUGCAGGUGUGUGGGUCUCAAGCGAAGAAUGCUAGACUCAUGGAGCUACUGGCAUUAGUUUUAGACGAUAUGAACAUCCUUCUUCCUAUAGACUUAGACUCGAAGCUGAUUGGAGCUCGCGGAUGCUCGAUCCUUGGCGGAUGUGCGGCGAAAGAUGCAAAGUUCAAGGUUGUCAAACAUGUCCCCAACGAUACUUUGAAGAAACUAUUCGAUACAAAAUAUGUCAUUAUGGUUGAGUUGAUUGAGAAACAACAAGACUUCAAUCGGAGGCUUGCCAGCUGCACCAUUCACUCUCAGACACAGUGUUAAUGUCGGCCCUUUCAUCUCUUUUGACAAGUAGCAUUUCCACAACGCGUUUGGCUGGCCCCCAGUCGUUUCCUUGUUGAUCUAUGUUAUGUUCUCUGUAAUGAUACCACUCCCAAGUCAGAGUUGCUAUGCGAUGGGCGGGCUUUGCUGAGCGCCUGCCUCGUCCAGUGCUGUUGGGAAGCGGAUCAAAUGGGAGUCUGUUUUCCAACAUUGCGUAUAGUAGCACACCAAGAGACCAACAGUCGUUUUGCUUGCCAUCGUAUGCGAGUCCUAGAAGUAGUUCAGGAGACACGUAGUCUUCGGAGCCACAUCGUGUGGUCAGAAGAGGCUGUUGGGGAUCUAUUUUCUUUGACAAACCAAAAUCAGAUAGCACGGCUACCGCAUGCUCGUAUUUACUGUCAAGUUCAACAGCAGAUGCGUUUCUAAACUCGUCCGGAGUUGGCGCGAGCAAUAUGUUUUCCAAUUUGAUGUCUCUGUGGCAGAUGUUCAUAUCAUGAAGACAUUUGACUGCGCUCACAAUGUUUCUGAAAACCAGCCUUUUGUGGUGAUAAGUGAAAUUCUGUCCCAAACUCACAAGUAGUGUGAACAGAUCGCCUCCGGAAUAGUACGGCAUUGCCAUGAUCACUUGGUUUUUGUCCAGCCUUGAGUUGGAACCUAAAAGCUUGACAAUGUUCGGGUGAUUGAUAGAUUGCAAGAGCGACAACUCUCGCACCAACGAGCUUUGGAUUCGAAGCCUGGUGUCCGGAUCAUGCGAAGGAAUGUUGGACACCUUGACGGCAACCGUUUCUGAUUGGUCAAUGUAGACUAUGCUGAAUGUGCCGCGGCCGAUCUCCUUUGUGCAAUGCCAGUACUGUUUUACAUGAGUUGCCGUUUCAAGCGUGCAGAACGUAGCAACCACUUCUUUACCGUAUUCCGUUUCCUCAUUUAUCGAAUCCGUGCUCUGAAGGUUAUACGCUGUCUGCUGCAAUUCUGGCGGUCGCAGAGGCACCGACACGAUUCUUUGCACAGGCUCAAUGUUGAGCGAGAAAUUCCUUCUAUCGUCAAAAUACACAUCCGGGGUGGUCCUGUCAUUGUGCUUUGUAGGAAUGUUGCCUGGCUCUCUCAGUUUCUUCAUGUGCAGUGAACAGCUUGACGGUUGGUUAUGAGACAUAAUGGCUCCUUUGCUAUACACCGAGCUCGAGUCUGUGACCGAAUCACCGGUAGGAGCCUGAGCAACAUCGUCUGCAGAGGGCAUAUCAUUGAUAUCGGCAAACUCCCUGGCUACCGGCACCUUGAUAUCAACAUCAGUGCCAUCAUUGUUAGACUCAGUCAUCGCAAACGC